AUGGGCCACCCCGAGUCGAAACCCGAGUACCGCGCGUCGGGCGACUCGCUCAAGCUGCAAAUUCUCUACAUGGCGUAUCUGUGGAUGGGGUACUACGUCACCUUCGCGUGGAUCUUCCCCAUCCUCGAUGCGGUUGUGGGCAACGUGGCCGUCCUCGGCGAGCUCUGCCGGCUUUUCUUGAUGGUAUCGCGCGUUCUGUACGUCGGCGUCGUCAUUCCGUACAUCGCCACCGUCUUCCUCGACACAGAAGGCUUCUUCUAUCGGAAUGCGACCAGCUUUAGCGCAGAAGCGGCCCGCGCGCUCAUCACGGAGCCGUGCCUGCUCAUACUGCCAUGGACGGCGCUGUGGUCCAUUUUCGUUGCGUUUGCGCUUACCUUAUCACUCUGCGAGUGGCUGCAAGCCAAGACAGCCAAGGUCCAAGCCGCGAUGACCGAGGCAGCUGUGGAGCCGACGCCACCGCCGGUGGCCACACGCCUCCACAAGCCCGAAGAGCUGCCAGUGCCCAAGCCACCCAAGAAACGAUUGUUCUCUUGGUUCAAACUCUUUAAGUACCGCAAAAACCCGUCUGCAGAGAAGAAACACCAAGCCAAGUUGACCAAGUAG